UCCGUAGGCGCAUUCGCUCGUACGCUUCAUCCAAAGCGGACUAUCACGAGAGAGAGACACACGUCUUGUCUGUUAUCGUUGACGUCGCCGCCGUUGUUGUUGUCGUUGCCGCCGAGCCGUAUCACACCGAACGGAUCGAGACCGGAAAGAAAAGCACAAAAAGGGAGGAGAACGAACCAGCCGAAGUCGAACAAGUUGCAGUGUGAUUUUGCCGCAUAUAGAAAUCAUUCGAUCUGUUCGAGGAAGCAUCGUUAUACCGGUGUUUCGCAUCGACCCAGUUCUCGCUCGACCAGCCCGGCAGUGAAUAGCUCAGGCGAAUUUUUCCUCGCAACUUUUUACCAAGUAUUCCCGGUUUCCUUCCCGAGGGACGAAGCAACCGAGAGACGACUGAUUUUUCGGAGCUUGAAGAGUUUUCGCGAAGAAGAUCAACACGGCGGAUAUGAUGGCUGUCGCAGCGGCGCAAAAGAACCGCGAAAUGUUCGCUAUCAAGAAGUCUUACAGCAUCGAGAACGGAUAUCCGGCGAGACGGAGAUCCCUCGUGGACGAUGCUCGCUUCGAAACGUUGGUCGUGAAACAAACGAAGCAGAGCGUUUUGGAGGAGGCUCGUCAGCGAGCGAAUGACUCGACGAGCGACGAUGAGCAAGUGGAAUCGUUGGCGUACGCCGCCAAGAACGGAGAAGCUACCGCGGAAGUGUCAUCCGAUAGCGACAUCGGGAAACCGGAUGAGGAUUAUGACGAUGACGCUGGAUUAACGGAAGAGGAAGUGGUGCUCGCUAAGACCAUCGCCGAAUCCCCGGAGAGCGAGCACACCGUUCAAAAGGCGGCGCUUGUUCUGCGUCUUCGCGAAGGGAUCGGUUCCCUGGCGAGGAUCCUGAAGACCAUCGAGAAUUUCAAGGGAACGGUGACUCACGUCGAGUCCAGACCUUCCAAGAAAGAAGGCCACCAGUUCGACGUGCUCGUGAAAGUUGACAUGACCAGACAGAGUCUGCUUCAGCUGAUUCGAAAUCUUCGUCAGAGCUCCGCAUUGGACGGCGUCACUUUGCUCGCGGACAACUCUGUCAGCAUCAAAGACCCGUGGUUCCCGAGACACGCUUGCGAUCUCGACAACUGCAACCAUUUGAUGACCAAAUACGAGCCUGAUCUCGACAUGAACCAUCCUGGAUUCGCCGAUAAGGAGUAUCGUGCACGUAGGAAGGUUAUCGCGGAGAUUGCUUUCGCGUACAAGUACGGCGACCCGAUACCAAAUAUUCCAUACACCGAGACGGAGAACGAGACUUGGUCCCGCGUGUUCAACACGGUCAUUGACCUGGUACCGAAACACGCUUGCGUGGAAUAUCAGAGAAUCUUCAAGAAACUGCAAGAGGAGAAGAUCUUCGAGCCGCAUCGCAUACCUCAGCUGCAGGAAGUGAGCGACUUCUUGAAGACUCACACCGGAUUCACUCUGAGACCCGCUGCUGGACUGCUCACGGCUAGAGACUUCUUGUCGAGUCUCGCCUUCAGAGUAUUCCAGAGCACCCAAUACGUUCGUCAUAUCAACAGCCCGUAUCAUACUCCAGAACCAGACUGCAUCCAUGAACUCUUGGGACACAUGCCGCUGCUUGGUGACCCAAGCUUUGCUCAAUUUUCCCAAGAAAUCGGUCUCGCUUCUCUCGGCGCCUCUGACGAAGAGAUUGAAAAAUUAUCCACGAUUUACUGGUUCACCGUUGAGUUCGGUCUCUGCAAGGAGGGCGAAGAGGUGAAAGCUUACGGCGCUGGUCUUCUCUCCGCCUACGGAGAGCUUCUUCACGCUUUGAGCGAUAAAUGCGAACAUCGAGCAUUCGAGCCAACAACUACCGCUCUGCAGAAGUAUCAGGAUCAAGAAUACCAACCGAUCUACUUCGUCGCGGAGAGCUUCGAGGACGCUAAGGAGAAGUUCCGCCGCUGGGUGUCCACCAUGAGCCGACCGUUCGAAGUCAGGUUCAAUCCGCACACGCAGCGUGUCGAGGUUCUCGACAGCGUGGACAGGUUGGACAACUUGAUGUCUCAGCUGAACACAGAGAUGACCCAUCUCACGAACGCCAUCAACAAAAUCAAGAAGUCGUUCGCGUAAAUACGCGGGGAAUGUAUCCCCUGUGACACCGAUUGCUCCCUUCGCGAAAAUCGCCGAGUUUCUCCGCAAGCUCCUCGAUCUUCGACGUCUUUCUUCUCUAUCUUUCCAUCUAGUAUUUUUCAAGUUUGCUCACUUAGGAUUCGCGAAUCUUAUCUUUCCUCCGCGCUCAGAAAUCAAGAGAAGCAAAAUGUACAUAGGUAUUAUAUUUUUGUUUCUCGGAAAGACGUCGAGUUUCUCGUUGGCCCGGUGGUCUAUGUCACGCGUCAUCUUUAUCAUCGUUCGUCGUUCGCAUUAAAAAUCGUUCUCACUCUGUGUAUAAAGUCGUCCAUCCGCGUAGUUGAACGCACGUGCGCGUGUAUACAAGGGUGCACGUUCGAGACGUGGAUUCGACGUUUCUUUUUCUCUCUAUCUUGCCCGUGGAUCAAAUUGAUCGUUCCUAGGUAUAUAUUAACAUAAUACGAAUCACCGAGAACCUUAAUCGUAUCCUCCUAGUGUUAUUUAUUGAAUUCGCGUUUACCCGGAUUUGUCCAGGAGCGCGAUAUUCUAGCAAAAAGUAUUAUUGGUGGAUCUCUGUGUCUGUUAAAAAACGCAUCGAAUCCGUUUAACGCUUUGAACGUUUCACGCGCACGUAUUCUCGUUAUCUCGUUACGUUAUACCUAUUGUAUUUUAUUCUAUUGUAUUACAUUUUA